AUGCCGGGCCAGCACGAACCCUUCACCCUCACAGACCCCCACCCCUCUCCCCACUUCCCUCCCGCGCACACCCCCACCGGCGUCAACUCACCAGCCCUCACCGCCACUGGCGGAAACUUCCCCUCACCUGUAAGCCACCCAGCUAUGGCCAUGCGCCCGGGGACUGGGCCUGCGGGGUACAGGCUGGGCGGGUCCGCGGGUGCGGGCGGUCCCCCUGCGCCGGCGCUGGUAGCGGCGAUGCAGAACAUGAGUCUGGGGAGUCCUGCCAUGGGCCCGGCGCAUGCACCAGGGGGGGGAAGCAGAGCGGGAGGGUUUGGCCCCGCUAGUGCUCGAGGCGGCGGCGGCGGCGGUGGGUUUGGGGGCGCUGGAGGGUUUGCUGGGCCUGGAACGCCUGUGGGGCCUGGUUCUGCUGAGGGUGUUAACGCGCAGAACCAGUGGCAAUCGGGAGGAGGAGGAGGAGUGGGAGGGGGAGGGGGAGGCGGAGGGCGGUUGGGAGGAGAAGUAGUAGGCGGAGCAGUCGCGAAUCAGCCUGCACCUUGGGAGCAGCCUCCUGAAGAGUCCUCCUCGUCAGACCCCCGUUUCAAGCCCAAGAAGAUCCAAUCCGGAGGGCACACGUGGGAGAUGUUUUCCGGGCCAAGUAUGAACAUUCUUAGGCGGGAGGACGACGCGGACCUCACUCCGAACGAGCUCGCCACGCUCGUCGCCGCGCCCGUGCGUCCCACCGGCCGUCACAGGCGCUCCAGGUCCGCCAUGCCCGUGCAGGCGCAGCUGGCGCAGCUGCGCCCGCCCUCCACGCCUGAGGGGCGCGUGCCUGGCGCGCUUAGGGCGGUGGCCGCGCUCGGCGCAGGCGGAGGCGCGGCGGGCGCGGCAGGGGGCAUGACGGGCGGGGGGAUUGGCGCAGGUUCAGGCGGGGGUAUUGGAGCAGGGACGGGAAUAGGCGGGGGGAUGGGCGGAAACAUGGGCGCGGGGAUGGGCGCAGAGACUUUCGUGGUGGAUCCGGAGCAGGAAGGGCAACAACAGGAGGAGGAGGUACCGGAGGUGGCGCCGUGGGAUAUGGGCAAUUCCGGCCAAACCCACCAGUCAGAAUCCCUGCUCGUGACGACAGAAGAGCCCGGCACAGCAAGUGGUGGCAACAGCAGCACCAUGGGCAGGCCUGGGGUUCCGGGUGGAAUGCGAGCGGUUGGCAGUAGCAGCAGCGCCGGGCUCAACCCGCCCUUUGAUGGUGCUGCAGACGCUGGGGCUGGGGGUUUUGCUGGGAGUGGGGAUGCUGCUCUCAUUCGCGGUGGCGGCGGCAGUGGCGGCAGUGGUGGUGGUGGAGGUGGUGGUGGUUACAGCAUACCAGGUGGUAACAUGGUUAGUGGUAACGUUCAUGACCUCCCUGCCCGUGCGUCCACAGCAGGAGGGCGGCCUAGUGGUAACUUCCAUUUCCCAGGGCCACGUCAGCCGCAGUCGCCCUUCCCUGCACACACUCAGCAGCAGCAGCCGCAGCAGCAGCACCCGCCGCAGUAUCAUCAUCAGCAGCAGCAGCAGCUGCAGCAGCAGGCGAUGCAGGGCAUGGGUACGGGGUCCAACCAGUGGACAGGGAACGCACUGGCGCCAGAUCCGCGGAUUGCAGCGGUAUCAGGGCGGCCCCAAACGCGUACGCCCCCCGCGGGAUACAAACGCACCAUGAGCGGAGGGCUGGAAGGCAGCCCAGGAGGCGGCGGAGGGGGAGCAGGAGGGGGGGUCGGAGGAGGAGUGGGGGGAGGAGGGAUGGGAAUGGGUGCAGUGGGAGCGCCAGGGAUGGGGUUUGGUAUGGGGGGAGGCAUGGGAGCUACUGGGGGUGGGCGUGGCCUGUCCCCUCACAGGCGUUCUCAGUCCAUGAGUAUUAACGGAUUCACGCAAGUGCCGUCUGUUAUGUCAGCACCAGUAGGCAUGCCUGGGCCUGGCUCGGGCUUUGGUCCUGGCGGGCCGUCUGGCAAUCGCCCUGACUUGAGGCAAGCGGGCCGGGCGUCUAGCUUCGUGGAGCAGACACACCACCAGCAACAGCAGCAGCAGGGUCAGCAGGGGCAGGUGUUUUCCCCUGCUGCCCGCCCCAGCGUUCCAGUCAGGGGAGCAAGCUUUGGUUCUGGUGGUGCUGGUGGCGUUGGGGGUGUUGGUGGUCUUCCCAGGCCGGGAUCUGGGCAUGGGAGCAUGGGGAUGGGUCAAGGCCGGCCCAGCAGCCCCCUGGUUCUCCGGCAGGGGCAGCAACAGCAUCAGCAGCAGCCGCAGCCGCAGCCGCCGCAGCAGCAACAGCAGCAGUUUGCACCGAGUCCCAGACUGGGGCCUGGUGGGCCGGGAGGUGCGGGCCGAGGGGGGGCAGGCAUGGCAGCAGGCGGGGGGAACAACAUGGGCAUGCGGAUGGGGCCAGGGGCGGGGACGGGAAUAGGGGGAAUGGGGGGGAUGGGGAUGGGUCCCCCACCUGGCAGUCCCUCCGGGGGAGGGCGAGUAGGGGCGGGGUUGGCUGGUGGAAUGGGGGGGAGGGGGGGAGGAAUGGGGAGUGACGGGGGAGGGCGCGGGAGAGGGGGAGGGGCGGGCAUGGGGGGACCUGGAAUGAAUUCGGGGUACCAGACGGGGGGAGUGGGGCAUAGCCCGUUGGGAGGGACGGGACAGGGGAGAGGGGGAAUGGGGGGACCAGGAGGGAUGGGGGCAGCAGGAGGAAUGGGAGGCAUGGGGGGAACGGGGGGGAUGGGGGGGAUGGGUGCGCCUAUGACUCCUGGCGCAGGGCACGUGGGCAUGGGGAGGGGAGGGGCGGGAAACAUGGGCGGUCCCCCCAGACCUGUGUCUGCUGGCGGUAAGAUGAUGUCAGGGGGAGGCGGGGGGAUGGGCGGGGGAAUGGGCGGGGGGAUGGGCGGGGGCUUGGGCGGGGGGAUGGGUGGAGGAAUGGGUGGGGGAGGAGGAAGAGGAAGAGGAACAGCAGGGCAGGGUGGGGGUAUGGGAGGACCAAUGUUUAUGGGAGGGAGAGGAGGGGCUCCUGGGAGGGGAGGCGGAAUGGGGCGAGGAGGAGGAGCUCUAGCAGCAGGAGGAGCAGCAGUAGGAGCAGUAGGAGGAGGAGGAGGAGGUGGAGGGGGGUUGGGUACGGUGUUAGGAAGGCCGUAUGUGGAUGUGAAUGAGUAUUAUAUGCUGGAGGGGGGCGAGGUGGGGAGGGGGCGCGUGGGCAGCAUCCGUGUGUGUGUGGCUCGGGACACGGGCGAGCAGUUUGCAUGCAAGACGAUUGCCAAGGAUAGGCUCCAGUGCGAGGAGGAGGUGGAGGACGUGCGCAAGGAGGUGGCAGUGAUGGAGCGGCUGAGAGACCACCCGCAUGCCGUGCAGCUCGUGGCCACGUUCGAGGACGCUCAGAGCGUGCAUCUGGUGAUGGAGCUGUGUGCGGGCGGGGAGCUCUGGGAGCGCAUCAAGCAGCGGCGGUGGUACGACGAGGGCAGUGCGGCGGCGGUGCUGCGCGUGGUGGUGGAGCUGCUGCGCGACUGCCAUGCCAUCGGGGUCAUGCACCGCGACCUCAAGCCCGAGAACAUCCUGCUCUGCACCGAGGAGAACGACGUUGACGUCAAGGUCAUUGACUUUGGCGUCGCCGUCUUCUUUAAGCCUGGCGAUGUGUACUCAGACAUUGUCGGCAGCCCUCUGUACAUCGCGCCCGAGGUUCUGCACGAGGCGUACGGGCCAGAGUCCGACAUAUGGAGCGCAGGAGUGAUUCUGUACGUGCUGUUGGCGGGUGUGCCUCCCUUCCGCGGGGACAGCGACGAGGCCGUGUUCCAGGCGAUUCUCGAGCAAGAGCCGGACCUGCAGCGCGCCCCCUGGCCUGAUGUUUCGGAUGAGGGCAAGGAUCUGGUGCUGCGCAUGCUGACGAAGGACCCUGCCCUGCGAAUCACGGCUGAUGAUGUUCUUGACCACCCGUGGCUGAGCAUGUAA